UUGGUCAAAUGAGCAAAAGGCCAUAGACAACCCUGUGUCUGAACAUUUCGAUUUCCUUUUCUGCAAAAUCCCACACGCAGAGAAUCAGAAAGAAAUGCAUUUUAGUUUGAACGACCACACUUAAACCGUCGUCUUUGGUGGAGGACUCAGACGACCAUGGACGACACAGCCACCACCACCAUCAAAACCAAAACUAAUGAAAACAAAAGCCGCAAGCGCCGCUGGAGCGAAGGCGAUGACGAACAAAGCAAAUGCGAAGACGACGAUGACUUGGAGGAAGAAAAGCAGUGCGACGUGGAGCUCUGGGAGACGCUGAGCAGGAGCUUCCGGCAGGUCCAGUCCGCACUGGAUCAGAACCGCGCUAUGAUCCAGCAGGCUAAUGACAACCACCGGUCCAGAGUCCCCGAUAAUCUUUCCAAAAAUGUUGUCCUGAUCCGCGAUAUCAAUUUCAAUAUCAACAAAGUCCUCUCCAUCUACUCCGAUUUAUCGGCCAAUUUCUCGAGCAUCGUUCACCGACCUCGCGCCAUAAUCCCAGCCAAAAGCAACAAGAACGACGGCGACGAAGACAAUGACACAGGCAAUUGGAAAUUGGAUCGGGUAAAAUCGGGCGUGGAGUCGCAGUAAUUUCGAACACCUUGUUGUGAGUCUUCUGUUUGUGCUUGUGCUUGUGAGUCGUCUGUAAACUGUUUGUUGAAAUGCUUGCGUUGUUGUAAAAUGACGAAAGCUUUGAUUAAUAUUGAGCUUUUGUUAUGUGUUGUAUGAGGACCAAGGCUGCGGGAUUGCUUUUCUGCAUUAUUAUCCACCCUGCAGAUAUUAUGAGUAGGAAACAAAACAAUCACUUUACCUAUGGAAGCAUUUUGCGGAAGGCAUUGAAAUGAAUGGGAUCUCAAUCACAAAGUUCU